UGCCUCGCGCCCGCCUCCUCCGCUCGGCCGGCCCAAGAUGGCGGUGCAGGAGUCGGCGGCCCAGCUGUCCAUGACCCUGAAGGUGCAGGAGUACCCGACCCUCAAGGUGCCCUAUGAAACACUGAAUAAACGCUUCCGGGCUGCUCAGAAAAACAUCGACCGGGAGACAAGUCACGUCACCAUGGUGGUGGCUGAGCUGGAGAAGACCUUAAGUAGCUGCCCAGCUGUGGACUCUGUGGUCAGCCUCCUGGAUGGAGUGGUGGAGAAGCUCAGUGUGCUCAAGAGGAAGGCGGUGGAGUCCAUCCAGGCUGAGGAUGAGAGCGCCAAGCUGUGCAAGCGCAGGAUCGAGCAUCUCAAGGAGCACAGCAGUGACCAGCCUGCUGCGGCCAGCAUGUGGAAGAGGAAGCGCAUGGACCGCAUGAUGGUGGAGCACCUCCUACGCUGCGGCUAUUAUAGCACGGCCGUGAAGCUGGCACGCCAGAGUGGCAUCGAGGACCUGGUGAACAUCGAGAUGUUCCUGACGGCCAAAGAAGUAGAGGAGUCCCUGGAGAGGCGAGAAACGGCCACGUGCCUGGCCUGGUGCCAUGACAACAAGUCCCGGCUCCGGAAGAUGAAGGGCCGCCAAAGUGAGCACGAGGCGAAGACGGGACGAAAGAGUAGAGCCACCAAUGGCUCCCCUAAAGAGAGUGAGGAUCUUGGUAUGGAAACCCUAAAAGGAAAGCCAGACUUGUCAGAGCCUGCUGAUGGCCACCUACUGCAGAAUCAGUGGUCAUUGAGUAGCCCAGGGAGGCAGGAAGGACCCAGGGAAGGUGGAGCCUCUGUAGGGACCCAGAGUCUAACAUUGCAAAAGAGCAGAACGCCCACGGUGCCCUGUGGUGAGCUGCCUUUGUCUAGUGGGUCUGUACCGAACCUGCCACUCUCUGCAGAGCUUGCUCCCUUUUGGGAAUCAGGGCAGCUUCUGCCUCCAGCCUGGCUGCUCCUCAGUCUGGGUGCAGGGGGAGGAGCGAGGGGUGGGGGCAGCCGACCAUCUUUGUCCCGCGUCACCUUCUAUUCAGAGCUGGUGCAGCUGCUCCUGAAUGGUCAUGGUGUGUUGCAGUGGGGUCCUGGCAGGGGUCGAACAUGCUCUGCAGGUUCAGGCUGGUGGCCCUUGGGACACAGUGUGCAGGCUGAGGAGGCCUAGUGGGGAAGUUCAUGACAUAGAGGAACUCUGGGCCCCAGGUCCGUGCCAUCACGUACUUUGGAUGCUGUGGGAUCAACGUCCCGUGUGGGUGAGGAGCCCCAGGCACACACACUGACAGUCUCAGGUUCAAGCUACUACUGUUUGUAUAGAAAGAUCCACCUUUUCCCGAGUUUGAGAAUUUACUUAUGCCUGCUGGCCCUAUCCCCAGGCACAAGAUUUCCAGCUGAAAUAGGAUUGAUACGGCUGGUUUCAAAGCAGCUUUGAGUUUCCAUGCUGGCUGUCCCCACUGUGGACUCUGUACCAUCCCCCAGUCACUGUGGUGCCUCUAGGCAGACACCUUCGGACCUCACCCCCAACCUUCUUCCCCAACCCUUCCCACCUCUGGGCAUAGCGCCAACCCAGACCUCUCUCAUGGCCUCAGCAAAUCCUGGGGCUUCUGCCCUCUGCAGGAACCACCCUUCCGCCGUCUCCACCUGACCCUGGCUGACGUGGGCGGUAAGGUCAUAGCAGGAGCCUCGGCUUCUGCAGGUAUGGCACCUCCUGUUCCAGGCGGGACCUUUGCGCUGGCUCACACUUCUUGCUUGGGACACUUUCCUGCAUCUGGCCCUGCACCUGUGCAUCUUUGUUCAGGUGUUCCUUGGCAGCCCCUACGAGGUUAUACCUUGUAGCCCAUCCAGCACCCACUUGUUCUCUCAUUGUCUCCUCCUGCCUAGUGUUAGAGCCUCUUGACCUUGGCUUGUCUGAAUUUUUCCAGAAUAGCCUUUGGCACAGACUGGAAGUGCACUGAGUCUCAGGCUUGGGGGCAAUAGGAGAAGAUAUCGCAUGGGGGGAAGAAGGCUUGGGGGUACUCGAGUGCACAAGGUCAUUGAGGACACAUGGGAACCAGAAAACUCCUCUGCCCUUUGUGGAAUGGACGGGUUCCGUGUGGGACUGCGAGCCUUUCCCCCACACCCAGUGAGCUGGUAAUGGUUCCUGGCUGCUGCCCACCUUCGUGACAGCUUUUCAUGUGAGUCCAUUGGGCAACUUGGUCCACACCCACUGCUCCUGCCCACCCGGCAACCCCAUGCCAGGCUCCUGGGUGCCUCUUGGUGCCAUGGACCCCCCCAGGGGAAACAUGGCUCCACUCCCACUGAGGCUAUGUUGGGUGGCCCAGGCUUAUGGGCUUGCAGUGCGGUGUGGACCCUGCUGGGAAGUGUCUGUCACAGGGUGAAUGAAGCAGCCUCUUUGGCUGCAGCCCUGCCUCUCCGGCCAGUCAGAGGGCCUGCUGGGGAUGGGAUGCCUGAGCACUUUCCCCAGAUGCCUGGUGCUGCACUGGCACUGGCGCCGGCACCGGCACUGAUACCGGCACCGGCACUCCGCUGUCUUAACUUAGCGUCUCUUCUUUG